AUGGGAAAGAAUAAAAAGAAACAGAACAAUUCAUCGCUGAAGAAAGCAACCAAAGAAGAUGUGGAACAAAGUAAACAAACGAUUGACAAUGUGAAUAAGGAUGAAGAAAUACAGGAAACAGAACCUUCCGAAGAUACUACAAGUAAUGAGUCAGAAGAGGAGUCCACCAAAUCACAAAAAAUAGAUCAAACAGGUCAAACAGAGCAAUUAGAUCCGUCAGCGACUAGUUCAACUGAAUUGCUCGAGAAAUUACAACAGACAGAACGAGAACGAGAUGAAAUCCAACAAUCUUAUGAUAACUUGGUCAACAAAAUUUCAUCAAUGAAGACCAUUUUCAGUAAAAUGAAACAGUCAGAAGCGGAGCUAGAAGAAAAAACUGAAUUGGUAGAAAGUUUGACCAGUGAAAACGAGGAGUUGAAAAGACAAUUACAAGACGCAGCCAAGAGUAAAGUUGACUCAGACACUAUUACUAAAUUACAAGAGCAAAAUACUGACUUAAACAACGAAUGUGAAAGGCUAAGUGAUUCAUUGACUAAAUCGAGGCGGGAAUACAACUCAACUCUUCAAGCAUUACAGGAUGAGAAUUACAAUUUAGAAAAUCAAAACUCCAAGUUAUCCAAAAAAGUUCAAGAACUAAAUCUGGAAAUAAAUGACUUGAAAAUAACCUUAAAUGAAUUAACAAUGGAUCAAAAGGAUUACACAAAUGCCAUUGAAGAAUUGACAGAUAAACUCGCUUUGAAGACUGACGAAGUAACUGAAGCCACAAAAACCAUAGAGGAUUUCCAAGCCCUUGUUUCAUUGAAACAGUCGAAUUUUGACAAGGAAACGACUUCAUUAAAGAGUACUAUCACUCAGUUGGAAGAAAAAAUAGCAAAACAAGAAAAGGAAAACGAAGAUGUAAAUCAGUCACUUGAUAAAAGUCAGCAAGAACUACUUGAACUCAAAGAAGAGGUCAAAAAAAUAGAUGAAUUGAAAUCAGAGAUUCACAAUAAACAAUUAUCGAUAGGUAAGUUGCGUCAUGAAGCUAUCAUAUUGAAUGAGCAUUUAACUAAAGCAUUAUCUAUGCUUAGGCAAGGUGGAGAUAGUUCAAAAAAAUCAGUGGAUAAAGAGUUAAUCUCUAAUGUCCUCAUAAGCUUUUUACAGUUCCCAAGAGGCGAUACAAAAAAAUUUGAAGCUUUAGGGUUGAUCGGUGCAUUGUUGGAAUGGGAUGAACUGCAGAAAUUAGCAGCUGGUUUAACUCAUGUACCGAAUACAAAAAAUCAACAAACCAAAUUAGACAAAGAUGGUAAUGAAAUUCCUGUACGACAAAGUUUUGUUUCCUUAUGGACUGAAUUUUUAGAAAAAGAAUCCAGUGGGAAAUAA